AAUAAUAAUAAUCAAGCAUGUAAAAUAUUUUAUCAGCAAAACUAGAAGUGCGUUGUUCUUCUCAAUUCUAUCAAACAUUAUAAAUGGUCCAACAUGGAAAUGGCUCCAGCAGCAGCCGGCAUGGGAAUGGAAUCAUCAUCAUCAUUAGCUGCAGCUUCUGCAAUUUGUACUGCAGCUGCACAGUCUGAAAGUAAUUACAUGGUCGAUUUUCAUCAACAACAUAACAUUCAUAUUGAUCAAAUAUAUGAUCAAUAUCAAGAUCAUAAUCAUGAUUUUGAUGAUCAUCAUCAUCUAUUUUUCUCGGAGUUGCUGGAAGAAUAUCAUGAUUUACAAAUCCCAUCUUGUCAAUCUUCUGGGAAAUUAGCUGCUUUGCAUCACCAUCAUCAACAAAAUCAAAGUAAUUAUGAAUAUUAUGGCUUAUUAUAUGGUUCUUGUGAGAAGUACUUUCAUAAAUAUUCCUCAUCCAAUAAUUUGCCAAAUCGAUCAGCGCUUUCUACUUUAUACUACAAACAGGACAAGUUCUUAGACAAUGGUGAUGAGGAACCUGUCUUAUUGGAUCCUCGAGUUCAAGGACAUGAUCAGCAGAAUAGUUGCUCUUCUGAUAAGCUGCCGGAGAAAGUGUGCUCAAAAUCUAAUAACGACGGGGAUGUAAUUUCUGCUGCUAACUCUGCUUCUUCUUCCAGGAGAGCUUCAAGAAGUAAACAGCGUAUCAAAUGGACUCAAGAUCUUCAUGAACGAUUUGUGGAGUGUGUGAAUUCCCUCGGUGGCGCUGACAAGGCAACUCCAAGGGCAAUACUGAAGCUGAUGAACUCAAAUAUGCUGAACAUCUUGCAUGUCAAAAGCCAUUUGCAGGAAUUGCAGAUGUAUCGCACUUCAAAGUAUAUAUCAGAAUAUAGACAGGGAAAAUCUGAGAAAUGCACGAUUACAAAUGACACACUUGAUCUCCACAUGAAAACUGAAUUAAUACAAAUCAAGGAAACCAUGAAACAAGUCAAUAUGCAUCUUCAUGACCAGCUAGAGACUCAGCACAAACUACGGCUGUUGCUUGAAGAACAAGAGGGACAACUGAAAAUGAUAUUUGACAAGCUACGAGACUCGCAAGCUUAGCUCAUGAGAUUAAAAAUAAUAAAAAUAAAGAAAAACAUUGAUAAAUAGAAAUUUGAUCUCCAUGAGAAAUCCAUGAUUGGAGAAAGAUCAGUGCUAACUGCUAAUCAAUGGUUUAACUGUCAUUGUAUUUAUGAUCAAUAUUGUCUACAUCAAUGGGUGUUGUGUUGCAAUCUUAUUUUCAAUAUAACACAAAGUUUUAAAUUAAGCAAUAAGUUUAAAAAAUAAAAUAAAAUUGAAUAUCAUAUUAAUUUAAGCUAAAUUAUAUAAUAUUUAAGUGAAAAAAAGGUCUUUUAAAAAAAAGAAGAAUUAAUUUCAA